AUGUCAAACUAUAACAGUAAUUUACUUUUCAGUACACAAGUUACAUAUGAAGAUAAUUCUUCUACUUUUUCUGCAGAACCAUUGGAUAAUAGUUAUGAUGCAUCGAAUCCAUUUGGUGGACAACAACAACAACAACAACCACCAGUAGUAGUUCAACAAAAAGUCAGUCCACCACCAGCAUACCCAUCGAUUCAACCACAGUUUGCCACCACAGUUGUCUCCACACAACCAACUCCACACAAUUCAUUGAAUCAAUUUGAUAGAUUGAGUGUAUCAGGUAAUGGAUUGAAAGAUGAAAAGAGAACAUCAUUGCCAAAUCAAAUCAAGAAUCAAAUGGAUAUCACUGUAAAGGAUCCAGAGAAGUUGGGUGAUGGUAUCAACUCAUUCGUUACCUAUAAGAUAUAUACAUUGGCAUUCUUGGUGGAUCGUCCAGACUACAAGAAGGAAACCACAGUCACAAGAAGAUAUUCCGAUUUCCUCUGGUUGAGAAACGUUCUUAAAGAAACAAGAAGAGGAACAAUCGUACCACCAUUACCAGAGAAAGCAGUUCUAAAUAAAUUUAAUAAGGAAUUUGUAGAAUCUAGAAGAAGAGAGUUGGAGAAAUUCUUGAAUAGAAUUGCAGAGAGCGAAUCAUUGGUACAUUCGAAUGAGUUGACAAUCUUUUUGGAGGGAACAGACGAGCAGAUGGCAGCUGCAAGAUCGGCCAGACCAGGCAACGAUAUGGAGAGCAGCACUGUGUUGUCGCCACCACAACAAGAGUCAAAGGGAUUCGGAAAGAUUACAUCGUUCUUUGGUAAUGCCGCCGCAAACAUCUCAAACAUUGCAUCGGUACACUCGGUCAAGGAGAUCGACCCAUGGUUCGACGACAAGAAGAGCUACGUCGUGCAGCUCGACACCAACUUGAAGCGUUUGGCUGAUACCGUCGGCAACGUCAUUAGAAAGCGUCGUGAUCUCGCAUUCGCUCUCGCCGAUUUCAGCAGCGCCGGUCUCACUUUUUCGUCGGGUGAGAUCGCCCAAUCGCAAGACAUUGCCAACAGCGUGCAGCGCAUGACACAGGUGCAGACCAACAUCAAGAACGGCAUGGAGGAUCUCUCGAAUGCCGAAGCAUCGUUCUUUGAGGAGGGUCUCAGCGACUACAUCAAGGUGUUGAACGCCGUCAAGGAGUUGUUGAAUGAUCGUCUCGACUCACUGUUGAGCUUCCAGAACUGGGAGAGAACCGUCGAGUCGCGACGUGACAAGCACGAGAAGCUCAAGCAAGCCGGCUCGAUCAAGGCCGGUUCCUCUGAGAAGGAACUUGCCGACGGCCAAAAGAAGCUGGCCGAAGCCAAGCAGGAAUACGAACGUGUGAGCGCCACCACCAAGAUCGAAUUGCAACGUUUCGACGCCAAACGAAACUACGAAGUCAAGAGAAUCCUCAAUUAUGUUAUCCGUUUGAAUUUGGAACACUUCCUCAAGGCUUCCGACUGCUGGAAGGAAUUCCUCACCGAGCAACACCAAUACACCGAUCCAAACUACGAAACCAACAAGGCCUCAUGGGGAUCCGCUCCAACACCCGUUGAUCAACAAUCAAACUCAAACAACAGUAACUCAAAAUAA